UUACAAAUACUCGAAAGGCAAGUCCAAUGGUUCAAAAGCUUGUCGAAUACGUAUGCCACGUGUACUCGUGAAGACUUCCAACAUCGAUCCUUCUAUAGGUCAGAUAACUAUGCAUCGAUCACAUCCGUGGAUCGACAACUUCAAUGAAUGACUCUUAAAUGCUUGCCGAUCCGAAAUGGAUAUUAAAUUCAUCUAGAAUGGUAACGACACUAAAGCUUUAGGGUACUAUAUAACUGAUUAUGUAACAGAGUCGACUCUAGCCUUCUAUGAUAUGUUUGCCCUUACACAGCAAGGAGUUAAAUCUAUUGAGCAGCAGCAAGUUGAUAAUAAAAAGUUUUAAAAAAUUACUACAUAGAUAUUUAAUAUGCAAUUUUUCUAGGGAUCCUAACAUUCUUCUAUGAUGAACAAGGGGAAGAUACAAAAGAAACUGAAGAACAGUUUCUAUUAGAGCCAAGACAAAUCAAAAGCGGUGAUGGUCAUUUUCACAAGAAGGUUAUUGAAAAAUCAGAUCUCCGUUUACUAAAGAAUGAAGAUGGGCAUGAAGGUGAACGAUUAUAUACCGAAGGAACAAAAAUAAACGAGCGACACACAUUUGAAAGUAUACAACCACAAUCAUCAUCACAUACCAUCAUUAAACGUGCCAUUCCAGUGGUACCAGUUCUGCUUGGUCCUCCAACGCCCUAUCGCGAACGAGAAGAAACACACGAGCGUUAUUGUCGUGCAUUGUUAACUUUAUUCGCCCCAUGGAGAUCAGUCCACGAUCUUUAUGCACUAAAUCAGAUAUGGUCUGAGGCAUUGGAAGUUCGAAAACCGUUGAUCUCUUCCAGUUCACUCAAAACUA